UUUACACGGACUUGCAGAUGUUCGAACUGCCUAGAGAACGGGUCGGACUUGGCCUGGGCGAGAAAUGGAAGAGCUUCAUGAAGCUUUACAUGACAUUCGUGACGGUUUAUAGGAGUCCGGAUGAGAGUCCCGAGCACACAGUGCCACACCAGUGCCGAGCACAGCUAAAAGCCAUGGGAUACUACCCGAACUCGGAGGAAAGACGGAUUCCCGGCCGCAGGACCUGGUUUCUGUUUAUUUUCUCUCAGAUAACGAUGUUUUUCUGCUCCCAAUGCUAUGGAAUAUUCGACUCCCUGGACGACCUUGUGGAAUGGGGUCGGGAUCUCGCCUUCAUAAUAGCGUCGUUUUUUAUCUAUUUCAAGUUUAUAUAUUUCCUGCUGUAUGCCGAUAACGUGGACGAGGUAAUCGAUGGCCUCGAGGAGUGCUACCAUUGGGAGAGAGCGGGCCCGGCUGCUGCAGGAGUGCGAUCGGCAAAACGCUUGCAUUAUCUGAUUGUCAUCGGGAUGCAAAUAAUUUGGGCGUUUUCCAUGGUCGUCUUCGUCCUGCUAUUGGUUACCACGCCCCUCUGGACACAGCAGGACCUUCCGUUGCAUGUUUCCUACCCUUUCCACUUACACGAUUCAUCAAAGCACCCCGUGACACACAUCCUCAUAUACAUAUCACAUUCUUGGAGCAUUCUGUACUUCCUAACGGGGCUCGUCUCUACCGAAGGGCUAUCGAUCUCUAUUUAUUCGCAGCUAACGACUGGAUUGAAUGUCCUGUGCGUUGAGCUUCGGCAUCUUCACCAGCUCUGCGAUGGAGACGAGGAUCUGCUGCGAUGGGAGAUCAAUCGUCUGGUCAAAUAUCAUCAGAAGAUUAUCAGUCUGGUGGAUCGAAGCAAUGAGGUAUUCCACGGUCCUUUAAUCAUGCAAAUGAUCGUCAACUUCUUGCUGGUCUCCCUGUCGGUCUUCGAGGCAAUGAUGGCCAGGCACGACCCCAAGGUGGCAGGCCAGUUCAUACUUCUAAUGAUCUUGGCCUUGGGUCACCUGUCAAUGUGGACGAAAUUCGGGGACAUGAUGUCGCAGGAGUCGCUGGAAGUGGCCGAGGCUGCAUACGAGGCCUACGACCCAAAUGUUGGGUCCAAGAAAAUCGAUUGCCAUAUUCGCCUUAUAAUGUUGCGUGCCCAGGAACCAUUGAUCAUGAGAGCUACUCCCUUUCCCACUUUUAAUAUGAUUAACUACAAGGCCAUACUCAACCAGUGCUAUGGAAUCCUCACGCUUCUGCUGAAUACUUUGGACUAGAAUAAUCUUGCCCUUCUGAAUAAGCUUAUAAUUCACUUAUGCUCACUAUAAACACACCCCUCCCUGGUAAUCUUUGCUCUUAUUUUGGUCGAUAGUGUAUCGAAACGUCCCAAGACAAUGAAGCAAAUUGCACAUAACAUAUGGUACUGCCGCCGAGCAUAAUAAUCGCUAUUCUUGUUGCUCAAAUCCUAAA